ACCACUACUACCACUACUACUACCCCUACUACUACUACAACCACCACCACAUCUACUACCACCACUACCACUACUACCACUACUACCACUACUACUACCCCUACUACUACUACAACCACCACCACAUCUACUACCACCACUACCACCACUACCACUACUACCACUACUACUACCCCUACUACUACUACAACCACCACCACGUCUACUACCACCACUACCACCACUACCACCACUACCACCCCCACAACAACAACAACAACGCCAACUACUACUACUACUACAACCAUCACCACAACAAUGCCAAGUACUACUACAUCAACAACAACAACUACUUCUACUACUACUAUCACUACAACUACCACCACCACCACCACCACAACAACAACAACAACAACUACUACUACUACUACUACCACCACCACCACAUCAACAACAACAACUUUAACUACUACAACUACCACCACCACCAUACAACCACCCGCGAUAACAACAACAACAGCAACGGUCAGCACAACUUCUAUCUCAUCUUCGACUACAGAAGGGUUUGAUGCCGCUGACUACUACUACCAGUACUACGACAUGUAUUUUGACGAAGCCAAUGUGCCCCCCAUGGCAGCUAAUAGUACCGACGAAUAUGAGUUCUACACGGAUGUUUUCUAUACUGACCAGAAGAAUUUCGGCUUAAAAGUGUUCAAAAACGCCCAUAGCAACACAUUUAAUGAUUCGUUUGAUUUAGACGCUGUGAAAAGCAAGUACCUUAAUCCUGAUGGAUCCGUGAAAAGCAGAGUGAAAAGGCAGGCCCUCAACCCAUCAUAUAAGGGGAGGCCUUUGCCAAAAGUGGUGGGCAUUCUUGAUCGAAGAGCCCCAGUGUCGUUCCGUCGCAGUGGAUUUGUGGCAAUCAAUCUGGGAACAUUUACAAUUAUUUCCGCUGGAUCUCUAGGAGCAAGUCUGACCGCGGCUGCUGCGGCUGUGGCCGCCGGGGCAGGCAAUGUUGCAUCCGCGAUAACCAAUGUUGUAAACACUCCGUUGGUGACUGUCGGGGUUGGCGGGGGUGGGGGUGCCGGUUCCACUUCCACGUCGGGAUCCUUCCUGAACAGUUUGAGCACUUUCCCCUUCUUCCAAUUGGGCGGAAUCUCCGGCCAUGCCAUCAUUCAUCUGAUCCUCAUCGCGUUCCUCCUGUAUGUGUCCAUUAUCCUAUGGACUGACGGCGAUCUCUUGGCGGAAGGCGUCUUCAAUUUCCUGACCCGUGGAGGUAGAAAUGUCUUCCAAAACAUUCGUCGGAAUGUGCACGACGACAUACAAUACAAUGGUGGAUUCAUGGGCACCAUUUCUCGCGUUUGGGGGUCCAUCACCGAUUGGAAGGUGCCCUCAGUUCUGAGGCCUCGACCACCGUCCUACUUAAGUUCAAGACCGCAUCGGCCCUAUCGGCCACAGAGGCCAGAUCGGCCACCUCCCCCUUCAAUUUCCUCCCCUCCCACCCCCUCCACAGUACCCCCAGCCACGUUGCCGAGUUCCUUUUUGCACAAUUACCACUUUGCAGAGGACACCUCGCCAGCUAGUCAGUGGAAGAAGCACAUCCGGCGAAAGCCGGCCUCCCGUUCGGGGCAUUUCAGGUCACAAAGGCCGCAUGAAACCCAUCACACGUCGGCCUUCGCCCGGCGGCGAACUCAGGUGUGGAAGCGCCAAGGCCGGUUGGACCAAGGCUUUGCUUGGGAGCAACCCGUGGCCAACGUCAUAAUCAAACGUGCAUGCGAUUCCUUUGGCCAUGCUCUGAACCUCCGGUUCGUUUCCCCCUCCUCGGAAGAUCUAGAGGAGGAGGCGGUGGCGGCCACGGUGUGCUAA